AUGUCACCAAAAAUGAAACAAGUAGAUAAAAAAGGUAAUAAGACUGCCAAUUCAAUUAACUCCCCGAAUAAAUCACUAAGGGAAGAGAGGAUUCCUGACACUUCCUAUGCUGGGGAAAUUGCAACACUGGUUUCGGCUUUAAUAGGCCCUAAACUGGAAGAGAUUCAUAUAAGAUUGAAUAUAAUUUUGGAGGAGUUAAAAAGCCAGGCAGAGAGAAUAAAGGAAAUGGAACAACGGAUCUCUAAUUGUGAAGAUACCCAGAUUAAGGUACAACUCCAGAUGGAGGCCCUGUUGAAACAAAAUAUAUCUCUGUCUAAUAAAAUUGACGAGAUGGAAAAUAGGUCUAGGCGGAGCAAUCUGCGCCUGAUUGGUAUCCCUGAAUCACUGAGACCCCAGGAUCUAAAAAAGUUUGUGGAACGGACUAUUCCUGAGUUACUGGGUUUAAAUCCAGAGGAGAAUAUCUUCACAACUGAAAGAGUACACAGAAUGGGAAGAGAGAGAGAUCAUUCAACAACAACCGAUAGGAGACCAAGGCCAGUGAUGGCGAAGUUUUUAAACUUUCAAGGAAAAAGUGAGAUCCUGAGAGCUUAUAGGAAACAACAGAAUCUAUAUCACCAAGGAGCAAAGAUUCUGCUCUUCCAGGACUUUUCCACUGAGGUUUCAUUGAAAAGGAAACAAUUCUCGCCCAUCUGUUCUCGCCUAGUGGCUGAAAAGAGGUUUUUCUCCCUGUUGUAUCCAGCUAGACUCAGGAUAAAAUCUGGCAUGGACUUCCUCUUUUUUGAUUCCCCAGAAGCAGCUCUUUCCUUUGUGAUCACAAGAGUAGGAAUGAACCAAAGCGAUAUCACACACUUUGUCCUGUCAGGUUUUUCAGAACUAUCAGACAAACAGUUAAUGCUCGCUAUUUUAUUCCUUAUUUUCUAUCUAAUUGCACUGACUGGAAAUGUAAUAAUUAUCUUACUGGUAAAAUUUGACUCUAAUCUACAUAACCCAAUGUACUUUUUCUUGGGAAACUUGUCCUUUAUUGACAUCUGUUUUAUCUCUACUACACUCCCAAAGUUGUUAGUCAACCAUUUAUUUGGUUCAAACAGCAUUUCUCUACAUGGAUGUAUUAUGCAAAUGUAUUUCUUUUUCUUUAUUGGAAAUACAGAGAGUCUCCUUAUGGCUGUGAUGGCUCUGGAUCGGUAUGUCGCCAUCUGCAGGCCACUGCAUUACACUGUUGUUAUGAGCUGGAAGACUUGCUACAUGCUGCUGAUCUCUUGUUGGGCGACAUCUUCUCUUCAUUCACUCAUUUAUAGUCUUAUGACAUCAAGGUUAUCAUUUUGUGGCUCCAACAUUGUAAGACAUUUCUUCUGUGAUAUUCCUCCAAUUCUUCAGAUAACUUGCUCAGAUACCUUUGUUUACCAACUUGUACUUUACACAGAAGGAUCACUAAUGGUAGGUGGACCCUUCAUAGUGAUCUUGAUGUCCUAUGUCUAUAUCUUUAUAUCCAUACUAGGUGUGUCCUCUUUGGUUCAUCGUAGAAAAUUGUUCUCCACUUGUUCUUCUCAUCUGGCUGUAGUAUCUCUGUUUUAUGGCACUGAUUUGUUCACCUACAUGAGACCUUCACUAAGUCCUACCUCAUUAUAUAACCAAAUUGUGAGUGUCAUGUACACAGCUAUAACACCUAUGCUUAACCCCUUCAUUUACAGCCUUAGAAACAAUGAUGUUAUGCAAGCCUUCAAAAGGCUCAUGGGUAGAAAAUAA